GGGAGGAGGAAGAUGAGGGUGGCUGACAGCUGAGGAGGAGGAGGAAGAGGUUCCAUACACACAUACACACACACAUACACAGUAGCACGGACUGGCAGAGAAUAGGGAGAGACUGAGAGUGCUGGGAGAAGGAGGAGGAGGAGGCAGACAGGCAAGGGUGAGGGACUGAGAAGGAGAAGGACAGACAGACUAAGACAAACCAGACAUUGGCACAGUGAGCAGUAAGGACAGGGGGUUGUUUGUACAGGUGUAUGCAGGUUGGGCUGAGCAGGGACAGAUAUCAGACAGACAGACAGUGGGGUCAGUGUUGUCAGUGAAGACAUGGAAGGAGCCUCAUUUGGCGCUGGCCGGGCAGGUGGAGGAUUUGAUCCUGUGGAAUUCCUGAAGCAGCCUCAGACCAUCCUGAGAAUCAUCUCAUGGGUGUUCUCCGUUGUGGUUUUCGGUUCCAUAGUGAACGAGGGAUCAAUUAACGUGGACAGCCCUGAACUCUAUUGCAUCUAUAACAAAAACGACGACGCCUGUAACUACGCCAUCACCAUCGGAGUCGUCGCUUUCUUCGCCUCCAUCUGCUUCUUCGUUCUGGAUAUUUACUUCCCGCAGAUCAGCAGCGUGAAGGAUCGGAAGAAAGUCGUGAUGAUCGAUAUGGGCUUCUCAGCGGUCUGGACCUUCCUGUGGUUUGUGUCAUUCUGCUUCCUGGCUGAUCAGUGGCGGAAGACGUCUUAUCGGGUGCACCAAGGAGCUGACGCCGCCAGGGCCGGAAUUGUUUUCUCCUUCUUCUCUAUCUUCUCCUGGAGUGCACUGGCGGUGAAAGCGUUGCAGAGAUACCGUCUAGGAACCGACAUGUCCCUUUUUGCCGGGGACCAGUUUGGAUCUGCCCCCAACGCCGGAUACCCCGGGUACCCCACAGGCAGCGGGGUUGAAACCACCACAGACACCUAUCAGAGCCCUCCUUUUACCGAGAACAUGGACUCCAACACAAAGGACUACCAAGCGCCGUCUUACUGAAGCCAAAGAGGAACCCGAGGAUGUUUGGAUACAGAAGGAGCAGCUGUGCUGAUGAAUCUGCUGAAAACUCAAGUGUUCUACUUUCUAGAUGUGAUUUCCAGUGCUGGGUGAUUUGUUCUAUUAGUUAGAUGUACAGUCCACUCUGUACAGUGGUCUCGAUUGCUUGUGUGUGAUAUCUUCAAAAGGGGGUUUAAAAAUACAGUGUUCUCUCUAAGGAUUAUAAUUGGCAGAAGUCCUGUGCUGCCCUACCGCUUUGCAAAUAGAUUCUGUCAGCAGAUACCUCUUAUAAAGCCAAUAUUUUAGCCAGGAAGGAACUGGCACACCCCCAAUGAUGCCCUAAAUUACUAGGCCAGAUUCUGGCACCUUAUAAUGUCAUUAUAACACACCCGGAGGACUAUGGGAGGUGAUCAACCUGAAAAACUAUAGAUACUGAACCAGUUGAACUUUCAUAGUAGUAGCGGGCACUAUAGCAAAAGUAAACUACUUAUACCUUAAAGGACAAGUAAAAACCGAAGGUAUAGUGGUCCUUUUAGCGCACAUACAUUUAAAGGGGAAGUCAAGUCUAAAAUAGAAUAAGGUUAGAAAUACUGUAUUUUGUAUACUAAACAUAAACUUA